AUGAAUAGUGAAUCGAGUUCUUCAGCUAGACCGAAGAAAUACGAUAAAAUAAGUGACGAUGAGCGCUGCCUCAUCAUGGAAUUAAAAUCACAAGGAGUUAGUUGUCAAGAGAUUGCCAGAUAAUUGGAUAAAAAUUUAAAGACCAUCUAAUCUGUUUAAGAUUAUGAAAAAAAAUCAGAGUACAGGGAUUUUAAAGAAGCUGUCACUCAAUAUGGAAUCGACUGCUUACUUUAAAACACUUCCAUAAAGGUAUCAUUUUUUUUUUAUUAAAGUCUAUGAAUGAAAAAAAAUUAAGAAAAUUAGUCAUCAAAACAGUUAAAUAGGUCAUACCACCCAAAAAUACAUCUAUGUUUGGGCACUUAAUCCCAGCCAAUAAGAAGGACUCUAAUAAAAGAAGGAUUAUUGACUAAAUCGUCGAUAAUAUCUUAGAUAUUAUUCAAAAAUAUUUAAAAUCAGGAGAACUUCCCAAUCUAUCUUACAAUAGAUUUUCCUCUAAAAGUGAUCCAAUGUACUAAGAAUAUUCAAAUCAAUCUUAUUCCACAAACAAUAUCAUCCAAGAAGAUUCAUAAGCCCUACAUAGUCACUAAAUAUAUGAUGAUUGUAAUCAUGAAUUCCUCACCUAUGAUUACAUAGACAACGAUGUUGCUGAAAUGAUUGUUGAAUUUGAAAACUCCUCUUUAAAUUUCUCAAACAACGACAGGUUUGAAAAAUAUAUAGAAGAAUUUUCAUCAUCUUAUUUCAGCCAUUGAG